AUGCCUGUUGCCAAAGGUAUCAUAAUUGCGGCCUCUGUGCUCGUAACUGCUGGCAUUGUACUUUACGAGAACCCACACGUCCGAGAAUGGUGCGAGGUCACUCGUCGCAAGGUUGCGCUUGCGCUCCAUCAUCUUGCCGAUGAGAUCAAUCCUCAGAUCUCCAUGUCCCAGCAGCGCACCCGGCAGCGCACCGAGGAACCUUUCGGGGCCAGUAAUACUCCGCGGCGAAAGUCCAACUCCAAUAGGCAAGAUGAGAUGCACGGGCAGUCACCUAUACGACCUAAUACGUUUGACGAAAAAAGAAAAGGCUCCAUGACUGAUUUUGACGAUCUCGUGGAACCCGAUGGUACUCUGAAGAAGGACCAUGUUGUACGAGCAACGGCGGUUGAUGCUGAUGAUCAGGAGGAGGGCCUGCGAAGGCGCCUCCAGGGAGUUCGCGGCCUUCAGCGCGGUGCAGCAUUUGCUGACCCGUUCGCGGACCCCGAGGAUAGCCAGGUCCUCUUCGACCGAAGCCUCAUUGGGAUCCAAGAGGACGAGCACAUUUCUCGACAAUCGCGACGGACAAGCACAGCCAGCAACACAACGAUAUCUCUGGAUCAUGCGAAAUCUGAUGCUUCUACAGAUGCCAAUGCAGUAUUCACUGAUGCUGCCACUGCUGCCUCGUCCUCUCGAGCACACACUCCGCUUCCUGAGCAGCCUCUUGUGGAAAUAGCUACGGAGAAUCUUCAGCAAGCUCCACAAGUGCCUCCGACAGCGUCACCACUGGCUGAACGUCAAGAACUAGAAGCUUCUCCUUUCUGGUCUGUGAAUGAAUGGGCGGAACACACGUCUCCUUCGAUAUACGCAUCGCCACAGGACCAGGGUAGUAUGCACGGUCACUCUGUAACUCCUCAGACGAGCUCUGCCGCACCUUCGGUUGCCGAGAGCGGCGAAGACUUGGGUGCUGCAUCCAUUGCAGAUAGUCAGGAGGGUAGGUAUCUCGACGUGCUGAGUGAAGUGGGCGGCGUUAGCACUCCGGGAAGCUGGACAGAAGUCGGAAGCGAUGUCAGUGAAGGCGAUCAUGCUCAUGAUCACUUUUGA